AUGAAUUAUUUGACAUCAUUGUUAUUGUUAUCAACCAAUACAUUUAUUCAACCAACAGUGACUAUUGUGACUACUACAAUCAAUAAUUCAAUUGUUCUUGAAACAAGUACAAUUGAUCCAAAUUUAACUACUACUGAAUACGACUUGCAUGAUAAUAAUUCAUCGUUUGUUAAACUAAAUGAAGUUUAUUUAUCUGAUUCAUCUGAUGGUAGUACUGACGAAGAUGGAGAGUUUGAAGGUCAAAAUACUGAUGAUACUGGAUCAACUUGUGAUUCAUGUGAUUCCACUGACAAUGAUAGUGAUAGUGAAGAUGAUCGAGUAUUUGUACAUGGAUAUACCGUUACUACAACAAUAACAACUACAACAACAAGUUAUGGGCAUUAUCCACGCCCCAAUGAUUAUUUUGAAAAUGCAGCAAAUAAAGGGUUUUUCCAUUCAGCUUUGGAGCCGGUGAAGAAAUUACAAUGGGGAAUACACACUUCUAAACCUGGAAAAUCAUAUAGACGGCCAUUUAGGAAAUUCCAUAGAACAGGUGGAGGUGCUUUUAAGAAAAAUGAUAACUUCAUCAAUAGAAGAGUGACUGUUACAAAGUCUAUUACCAAAUAUGUUGCAAUGCCAACUGUCAAACCAUUACCAAUUCAACAAGAUACUGGAACGGUACAUUUUGGUUUGCAAUCAUCGAAAACUCGUCCACAGAGAGGUACUUCAUCCUUGAAACUUAUUGAACGUGUUCCAACAAAUUAUAUUCCCAUCACUUCUGAAUCAUUCACACCAGAAGCUACUUUAACACAUGUUGUUCCACAUAUCACAAAUUCUGUCAUAUACUAUCCUACAAAUGGUAACGAUAUCGACGAUAUUACUUUCCCUAUUAGGUUUAUUAGAACUUUGAUUUCUGGUGAAUAUUCUGUAUUACCAAUUGAAGGAAGUACAAUAUAUCUGGGAUAUCCUAUUGAGUCCAGUACCUCCCUCCGUUACUCAAGUAUACGACUUGCUCGCCCAUUAAGAACCAAACGAAGACGACCAAGAUCAAAAACCAAAACAACAGAGAGUCCCACAUAUGUUAGUAGUACCGGGGAAGUUGAAUCAUUAUCCUGGUCUGAUUUUGGGUCUACAUCCUGGAUUGAUGAUGAAGUUGAACAAAGUCUGGGUUUAUGGAGCAGCUCUGAUGUACAAACAUCAUUGAUGGAUGAUGGCGAUGGCUAUCUCAAUGAUGAGUCAAUUGAUACAGAAUCUGUUGUAUCUUUGUCCUCAACCAGUCCUUUAACUAGUAAACCCUCAACAAGUUGGCUGGCAAGCAGCUUUAGUAACGAACCCAUCUCUUACCAUACAUCGACAAGUUAUUCAUCAAAACUGUAUGUGCAGCCCAGUCGCUCAAAAACCACUAUGAAAGAAACCCUAUUGACAGAUGUAACUAAAAUUCACAUCAUUUCUGAGGUUAUAGUACCUACCACUACAACCACUACCCGAUGGAUUGAAAUCACUCCUCAAGUGCCUACCGCUGUAAAAUCUGCGACUAGUAAUACACCCACAAAUAAAGAAACAAAGUCAAAAAAGUUUAGUUUUCCGAGAUUCAGGACUAGAAAAUCAAGAUCAUCUAAUGGUAGCAGCACCAUUCCAGAGUCAAGUCAAUUGCGAAAUUCUUCAAUUGCCUAUAAUUCUACAGUUGCACAAACAUCACCAAAUGUUGUUCAUGAAACUGUCUUAGUAGGUGUUGAUGAACGUAUAACAGAUGUCGAUUACCCACAACAAACAAAACUUGACCAGCAUUCAUUUACGGGUGUUGUGUUGCCAAGUAGAAAAUUCAUAUUUCGAUCAAUGUCAAAUUUACCAAAUUGCGAGUUUUCAACUUAUAUGUUGGUAUUUCUACUAAUAGUUCCCCUCUUAGGGUUACUUUGUCUUUAA